AUGGCAUGCCGUAGGCAACAAGAAUUCAGCGAGUCAUGUGAGGAAGACUCAUUUGCUGGCCUUCCUUGCGCUCCUGCUGCGGUGGGAUGGGACCGUGAAACGCCGAACAACCGUCGCAAAUUGGAUGAUGAACUUGCCUCGUACAAGCAAAAGCUGGCAUUGUGCCAAGAUGGGCAGCAACGCCAAGCAAACUUAGUACAGCGUCUGCAGGCCAAAAUGCUUCAGUACAAAGAGAAAUGCAGAACUUUGGAGAUGAAGCUACAAUUGUCUGAGGCAGAAAACCGGAACCGAAAGGUCGAGAUGGAAGAGAAUGCGGCUGAGUACGAAUCAGCGAUAGCUCGUUUGGAUGAAGAAAGACAACGAGGAGAAACUUUGGCAAGUGUGAACACAGUGCUUCGUGAGCAACUAGACCAAGUUACGCAGACAAAUCAAUCACUUACAACGGAGAACCAGCGAAUUCGGGAAGAGGCAGGACGCUUCCGCAAUUUGUUAGAAAGACGUGAAGAGGAAUGGCGAAACGAAGAGGCCGUUUUCAACGAAUAUUUCACCAUGGAACACAAUCGUCUUCUCACACUCUGGCGAGCAGCGGUAUCCUGCCGAAGGCAGUUUGUGGAAAUCAAAGGGCAUAUGGAACACGAAUUAUGUUCCGCACGAGCAGACAUUGCGGGAGUGGCCCGUGUUUGUCAGACUGCGUGCGACAACUUUGCGGCUAAUCUGCGCUCCGUGGAAUCGCAAAAUCAGAUAAACUUGGAAAGGCAAAAAGGUGAAAACAAAAAGCUUUCACACCAAUUGGAAGAACUACGUCAGGAGACAGACACCGCACGACAACAACUCGAUACCGAUCUCCGAUCUGCCACCAAGAGGCUGAAUGACGCCAACAACGAACUAAUUGAGGUCAAGCGCCUUCUAGUGGACAAGGAGAAGACAAUUGCCAGUUUGCAACGAUUACGAACCGGUCAGAGUCACACUGGACGAAAAGACACAGUAGAUAUUUCGGAUCCAAAUGACCGAGCACUGGUGGAGGAAAUGCAAUCUCUCUAUCAGGCGUUGAGAGAAAUAUCGCAAUCGGUGCUAAAUGAAGAUUCGUAUCCAAUGUCUGUACCCGAGGAAUGCUGCAACCGCUCUCGGUCCCGAUCACCACGAUAUGCCUCCGGUCCGGGACUUCAUGCAGCCGGGAACCGGAUUUCACGAGCCGGCGCCUAUGGACGUACAGGGUCCCCACCACCGCCUGUGAAUGCCAAUGGGACGUGUUAUUGGGGUGACUCCGCACUUAGUGCAGUACAAGCGGCCUUCACCAAACGAGGAAUUCAGUUGUCCGAUCUCAGCUCGAAGUUGUCAGCCAUGACCAGCCAAUAUGAAUCAUUGAAAGCACAAUUAGAGGAUGGUGAGAACGAACGGCGAAGGCUGGAGCAGGAAGUGUCGCGUAUACGAAAUGAGGUUGACUGUCGUACAAAGGAGAAAGAAGACUCACUUAGAGAUUUCGAGCGUUGUAAAGCGUCACUUCAAUCAGCCAACCAUGACAAGACUGAACUGGAAAAAGCACGUUCCACGUUAAAAGAACAAGUGAAAAACUUGCAGACUGAGUUGGAGAGAUCACAGAAUGCGUGCAAUGACUUGAAGAAUGCCCGUGAACGGAUGAAUGAAGAUCUAAUGAACAUGAACCGCAAUAUGGAAAAAAGCACGCGAGAGGUGGAACGGUGUCAACGAUGUAUUGAGGCUUUGGAAGAGAAGUUAUCCGCCGCAAGGGAGGAGGGUACAAUCUUGCGUGAGUCACUGCAGUGUGCUAGACUGGAAGCGGAGAUAAAGGCCACGGAGCGAGCUGAUUUGCAAGAAGCGCUGUCGAAGAGUAAUGCGAGAAAAGUUGAGCUUGAGGCAGAACUUGGAAGCUUGCAGAUGGAAGAGAACGCACUGAAAGAACGUUUGUCGAGACAGCAGCCAGAAAAUCGCAAACACAUUGGAUAUGCGUAUCUGCUUUAUUCUUUUGCAGAUGAAUUAUCAGGAUCAAAUGCAGACUGGAAGUUUCCGGUGAGCGAGAAAGCAAGUGGCAGUUGCUUCACCUCCAACAACACUUUGGACCCCGAUUGCGUACGAAUGGCUCUGCAGGAGUUCGUGCAACGUUACACUAAUGUGAAGCGCGAUCUGGAAGAUGCCAAAGCCGAAGUGACUUCGCUUCAAUCCAGACUUAAGGAACAAACUGAACAAACAGAGCUGUGGUCAAAACGCCUUCAUCAGGUUCAACAGGCCCUUUGUGACGCGGAAGCAGAUAAGAAAGGCGUGGAUGGAAGGUUGUCCAGCACGCAAACCGCACUGAUGUUGCAAGAAGAGGCGUUGCGGAAGAACGAACGAGAUCGAAAGCUACUCACGGAAAAAAUCAGCCAGUUGGAAAGACAACUGACAUCAUCGGAAGCAGAACGACAGGAAGAACAGGUAGGUGACCCAAAGGAAGGAAACAGCUAG